CACUCCCAGAGGUAACUACAACCGACUCUAGCGCUGAAUGCCUAACAUUUUCUCCGCUCAUGGACUACUGUUUAAACUUCCUGGCGACUUUUAUCAAAAAAAAACUGCCAGAUUCUGUUACAGCAAUAUCACCACCGUGGUUCUCGUACUUCUAGAUUCUCGUCACCAUGACCCCUACGAUUCUCAUUGCCGGUGCGACAGGCAACACUGGUCGGAGUGUUGUCGAGACUCUCUCCCAUUUUGUGAGCAGCAGCGAUGCUCCGCCUAAUAUCCGCAUCCUGGCCCUUACACGUUCCAUUCCCUCCUCAACCGCCAAACGCCUUGCGAGUCUCCCUAACAUCAUAUUUGCUGAAAAGAAUUGGGUCGACAUCGACGCUUUAUGGUUACGCGAACAAAAAAUAUCCAAAGCUUUCAUCGCAUCUCACAGCAGCCCAAAUCAAUUUGCCGAAGAAUCGACUUUCCACCAGGCGGCGCUAAAGACCGGCGUGCAGUACGUCGUACGCAUCUCCACAACGGCUCCUAACGUCCGUCCGGAUUCGUAUGCCUACCAUCCGCGAGCUCAUUGGGCCAUCGAGACUAUGUUGGGUUCACCUGAUUUCAAAGAACUCAAGUGGACAUCCCUACGGCCGAACAUAUUCUUCUCUCUACAUCUGUACGGUGCGGUUGAGUUUGUCAGAGAAUACCGCCAAACAAAAAAGCAAGGAACCCUUAGACUUAUCGCCGACAAGGACGCACCGGUGGGCGCUAUUGAUGGCGACGAUGUCGGCACCUUUGCUGCGCAUCUGCUGUGGGACCAAGAUCCUUCUCGGCACAACGGGAAAAAGUACAUUCUGAACGGGCCCACUGAUGUGACCGGGCGAGAUAUUGUUCAAUGGGUGGAGGAGGCUAUCGGCGCGCCCGUGGAGAGCGUUCAAUUCAGGGAUGUGUCUCUCGUAGACGCUAUGGCGUCAGCAACGAAAGAGUCCAAGAAUGUUAUUCUUUCAAUGAAGGCUGCUCCCGUAUCUCUAUGGGAAGGCAAAUGCCCGGCCUCGACCACUAGCAAGGAAGUCAUUGAAUUACUUGCGCCCAGCCGUUCGGUUGUCGAUGCGUGGUUCUUACACAAGCAUGACUAA